AUGAAAGAUCUUCCAUUCAAUCACGAAUGGGAAAUUGUCUUCUAUGUCCAACUUAUUUGGUUUGCCCUCUUGUGUGUUACUACAGUCACGUUGGUGACUUUAAAUUUUGCAUUUAUUAGCUCCGCUGGUUUGAAAGGGUUUUGCAUUUAUUUCACUGUUUUCACACUUCUUAAAUUUGCUGGUGGUAUAACUGGGGUUAUUCUUUUACUGCAUAAGAAUUUGGUUUCGGGUUUGUUUAUCGCCACAUACAUUUUCAAUACUGUUUCUCUUGGUGUUUUGACCAAGUCUUUAUUUCCAUACUUGGAGACUAUGUUGAAGGGAGACCCAAGAAUGGGCAAAUUGGAAGAACCUGAUCAACCGCAAUUUAAAUUUGGAAGGUUCAAUUUUACUCCAUUGAGAGUUGUGACACUUACGAUUCUUGCUGCUAUUAUUUGUUCAAUUGUGGGCUCUUCUAGUAUUUCAACUGAUGGUCCAACUCCCUCGUCAACAAAUACUCUAUUCAGAGUCUCUUCGGUCCUCUUUACGCUUUGUGUUCUUGCCAUGACUGCAAUUUUAAUCUAUAUUGCUAAUAAGCACGCAGUAUUCACAAGAAUUUGCAUGUUUCUUUUGGUUGCCGCUCCUCUCUUAUUGGUGAGAUGUGUUUACUCGUUGUUAUCUUCAUUCCACGGAAUUAGUUUUGGCAAUCCAAGCAAGUACAUGAUUAUCUUUGGCGACUAUAAGUACUAUGCAUUGAUGGCAUUGUUGGAAGAAGGGUUGGUUGGAGUAGUAUUUAUUAUUACGUUUUUCUGGUUCAUGAAACUAGAAAAGACUCUUCUAUAG